AAAGGCAUACAGACGUUAACUGAGUGUUAAUGCAUACUUGUACGCAGUUUGCGCUAUUUCAUAUUGUCAAGAUUGCUGUCAAAAAUAAGGGCGCAUGGCGAAUCACAGAUAGAAAGACCUACAGGUGGAGAAACAAAAGGAGCUGCCGCUGUCCUUUUCAUCAAUACAUCUUUAAAGGGGUAUAAAACGGUCCUAAACAUCACUCCUGAAUGGAUUAGGAGGACUAUAGGACAUAGCACAACCAUACAUGAACCAAAGACAACCGUUGCGCUUCCAAUCCAUGCACCCAAACCAACUUUUAUUCAGAACGUAAAUCGCUCGAAAAAGGGAUUGCGCAAUUUGUUUGGAUAGCAAGAUCUUCACGAAAACUAUAGUUAUAAUUCAUAUAAAGUUAAAAGGAAACGUAAAGAGGCUUAUUAGAGUCUUUCUGGAAGACAACUUUUGCAAUCUGAACCCUGGACUUCUGAGGUAAACUGAAUAGCAAAGCAUCCUCCCAUGCGGCUGGAAGGAGCAAGAAUGGACUUGAUAAAAAAAAUAUGGACGGCUCGGAAACUCAUUCUCGUGGUCAUGAUCCCGUUAUUGCUGCUUCCUCUGCCACUCAUCCACCCGUGCAGUGAAUCGUCUUGUGCUUAUGUCCUGAUAGUGACAGCGGUGUAUUGGGUAUCUGAAGCUGUACCAUUGGGUGCUGCUGCGCUGGUGCCAGCUUUCCUGUACCCGCUGUUUGGGGUCCUUAAGUCCAGUGAGGUGGCCUCUGAAUAUUUUAAGGACACCACUCUGUUGCUGAUGGGGGUCAUAUGUUUGGCUGCCUCCAUUGAAAAAUGGAAUUUGCAUAAACGCAUCGCUCUCCGGAUGGUCAUGAUCGCUGGAGCCAAACCUGGCAUGCUGGUGUUGGGGUUCAUGUGCUGUACUGUAUUCCUCUCCAUGUGGUUAAGCAACACAUCCACCACAGCAAUGGUUAUGCCGAUCGCUGAAGCCGUGUUACAACAACUGAUCUGCACAGGAAUCGCAGAUGGUCUUGAAGACUCAGUGACCAUGGACACACAGGAUGAGGAGAGUGAUAAAGAGGAAAACCAAGAAUUAAGCAAGAAUCAACUUGAGCUGAUGGACCGUUCACUCAAUAAAAAACAUGAAGUCUGCAUACUGAACGAGGAGACGAAUGGUUCAGUAUUAAUGCCUGGUUUCGGCCCAGAAUUCUCUAAACACAUCAAUGGAUAUCUACCAGAGGCUCCAGUCAGCAUUCCUGUGCCAAAGAAACCCAAAAUCCGUCGGGAUUCUUUGUACCCCACCAAGAGAGAUCACAUGAUCUGCAAGUGUCUGUCUCUUAGCAUCACGUACGCGGCUACCAUUGGUGGACUCAUCACAUUAACAGGCACAUCCACCAACCUCAUCUUUGCCGAACAAUUCAACAAUCGUUACCCAGAAGCAAAGGUCAUCAAUUUUGGCACCUGGUUCAUCUUCAGCUUGCCGAUCGCACUGAUUAUGCUGAUACUCACCUGGAUCUGGCUGCACUUUUUAUUUAUGGGAUGCAAUUUUAGAGAGACUUGCUCUCUAAGCAAGAAACGCAAAACCAGGCGUGAGAUCCUUUCUGAGAAACGUAUUCAUGAGGAGUAUCAGAAACUCGGCCCUAUCAGCUAUCCUGAAGUCGUGACGGGUGUCUUCUUUGUUCUGAUGACCGUACUGUGGUUCACCAGGGAACCAGGAUUUGUCCCGGGCUGGACAUUGCUAUUUGAGAAGAAGGGCUACAGGACUGAUGCCACUGUGUCGGUGCUGCUCGGCUUCCUCCUCUUCCUCAUUCCUGCUCGAAAGCCCUGGCCAUCUGCAGUCUCUGGCGAGAACAAAGGUGAUGAUGAGGAUGAGGAAGAGGAUACAUUAGCACCAAUGAUCACAUGGAAAGACUUUCAGAGACUCAUGCCAUGGGAGAUUGUUAUUCUGGUUGGAGGGGGAUAUGCGCUGGCUGCUGGAUGUAAGGUGUCAGGACUCUCUAUGUGGAUUGGUCGGCAGCUGGAGCCAAUGAGUGGUCUUCCUCCCUGGGCCGUCACACUGUUGGCUUGCCUGCUCGUGUCUGCCGUCACAGAGUUCGCCAGCAACCCAGCAACGCUCACAGUCUUUCUACCCAUCCUGUCUGCCUUGUCAGAGACUCUGCUGAUCAACCCUCUACACACUCUCAUCCCCGCCACCAUAUGUGUGUCCUUUGGUGUCAUGCUGCCAGUUGGAAACCCGCCAAAUGCCAUUGUGUUCAGUUACGGACACGUGCAGAUCAGCGACAUGGUUAAGGCUGGAUUCGGAGUGAAUCUGAUUGGAGUUUUUGUGGUCAUGUUGGCCAUAAUGACGUGGGGAGAGACACUUUUCCACCUGAGCGAGUUCCCCACCUGGGCAGUGAUGCGUAACGUCACGGGCAGCUUGUAGUCGGCUGAAAACAGAUGAUGCAUGUGUGUGUGUGUGUGUGUCAGAGGAGUGUGUGUUUGACAUGUAGAGACUGAAAACACUGAAUAUACACUGAAGGAGGCACAUACCUGUUAUGGCCUUAUUUUCCCCCUGUACGUGGAGUACAGAGUUAAGAAGACAAAAUCUGUGAUGCCUCGUGUUUCCGUGAGAUGCAGAACUUUUAUAUACUUUGUGGUUAAAGGAAUUCUUCACCCAUUCAAAUGAAACGUUUAAUCUAUUAGAUUUAAAAAGCUAUCGUGAACGAAAGCGCAAUUGGUUGCUAAUAUUUAAAGUUACCAGCUUCUUUUCACUUAUAGAUCACUGUUGCCUUAAAAGUAUUGGCUUAGAUUAAAGUAAUAUUUUGGCUUCAAUAUAAGUGAAGCUCAAUCGACAGCAUUUGUGACAAUGUUGAUCACCACAAAAAAUUAUUUUGACAUCCCUCAUUUCUAAUUUUUUUAAAUGGUGGGGUCUGGGUAGCUCGGCGAGACACUGACUAUCACCCCUGUAGUCGCGAGUUCGAAUCCAGGGUGUUCUGAGUGACUCCAGUCAGGUCUCCUAAGCAACCAAAUUAGCCAGGUUGCUAGGGAGGGUAGAGUCACAUGGGGUAAUCUCCUCAUGGUCGUAAUAAUGUGGCUCGCUCUCGGUGGGUUUGUGGUGAAUUGUGCGUGGAUGCCGCGGAGAAUAGCGUGAAGCCUCCACAUGCGCUAUAUCUCUACAUGAUAAGAUGCGCUGAUUGACGUUCUCAGACACAGAGGCAACUGAGAUUCGUCCAUCGCCACCCAUAUUGAGGUAAGUCACUACGCUACCACGAGGACUUAGAGCGCAUUGGGAAUUGGCCAUUCCAAAUUGGGGAGAAAAACAAAAAAGCAGCAAACAAUGCAGUUACAGCGAGGCACUUACAAUGGAAGUGAAUGGGUCCAAUUUUUUGAGGGUUUAAAAAAGACAGAAAUGUGAAGCUUAUCAUUUUAUAAUAGCACUUACAACAAUUGUUCUGUUAAAAAAAAAAUGGUUUGAGCUGUCAAGUUGUUUAAAACAUUGUUUUAGGGUUUAUGGUGUUACAUUGUCUUGGCAACAGAGUUGUAAAAUUGGAUAUAACUUUACACCGAAAGGGUUAGUAAGCAAUUUUAUCACACAAAAAAAUCAUGUUAACACUAAUAUUUUUACUUCUGUGGCUAUCCGUUGGAAACAGUGAAUGUUUUAAUGUUUAAGGAUUGGUCCCAUUCACUUCCAUUGUAAGUGGCUCACUGUAUCCCAGAUAUAUGCUUUUUUUUUUUCAGAAAACGAACAACAAGUCAAAUUUAUUUUUGUGGUAAUCAAUAUUAUGACGCAAAUGCUGUUGAUUGAACUUAAAUUGUAUUGAACCCAGAAUACUACUUGAGCAUCUUUACUGAUAAACGCACAAGUUAGAGUGCCUACAUACAACAAAAAAGGCAAAAUACAAUCAGCAAUGCAUGUUUUUACCAACUGAAUGUAACAUAUCUGUAUGCUAUUUUCUGAGGGCUAACAAAUGUUAUACAUUUGUGUUAUUUACUUGAGAGUUUUGAGGGAGAUCAUGCAUCAGUUGAAAUGGCUGUACAGUAUCUAAUAUGUUCUUACCAAAAUGUUACAUGGCUUAUGUGGUCUGGUACCAGAAGAUUAUUAUUUACAGAGUACAAAUCUACUGUUUCUUAAAAUCGUAAAAUUGAAUAAAACUCUGUGCUUUUGAAAAGUGGCCAUUAAUCAAUGUACAUACAGGAAAGUAACAGUUUGUUAUUAUCGGUCACCCAUUGUCCUAGUCAUGACACAAUAAUUGUAAUAUAUUUUGCGAUUG